AGUGAAAAAUUGGGUUAUGUAGAAAUUUUAAUCAUCGUUUUUUUGUUAUUUUUUUUAAUAGAACAUAGAAAAAUUUAAUGUUUUAGAAGAUGGAGAACGAAUGCUCACAUUCAGGUCACCCAUGGAGGUUGUACGGGAAUUGGAAAGACAUUACUCCAAAAUUUCAGGAAGCUGUUAAAGAUUUAAAAUUAGGUGAAUUAUUGCACGAUGAACUAUUCGGCCUGUUCGAAGCAAUGUCUGCAAUCGAAAUGAUGGAUCCGAAAAUGGACGCAGGAAUGAUGUGCAUUAGAGGCGCUAGAAAAAUUGUAUCAUUUGAUCAAGCGUUACAAGAUAACAUCUUAAAGUUAGAUGGUUUUAAUACCAACGAGUUAAUUGGUAUAAUAGACAGUACGUUUGCUUGUUUGGUAUCAUGGCUAGAAGGGCAUUCUUUGGCUCAAACAGUUUUUAUUAACCUCUACCUUCACAAACCUUAUAUGAUAGAGCAUAAAAUUCUGAAGGCAUUUUGCAUUGCCAUCUAUAAAGUAUUGGAAGUAAUUAAAGACUUAGUACAUAAUGGUAUGGUCUAUGAGGAAGAGGACUUCCAGCCAAUGCAAUAUGGCUAUCACUUGAAUCCCGAAAUAUCUGAGCAACGUCUAAUUGGUAUGCUUAGAGAAAUUGAAGAGGAUCUUGAUAGAAAGACUAGAAAUAAACCAGAUCAUGAAAUACAAGCUUUAUUUGCAAGAAUUAAAUUUUUAAGGUUAUUUUUGCAAAUUUUGAUAUCUUUCAGAAAGGAAGAUCAGCCGACUAUAUCAGAAAGCCAUAGAUUAAUGACUAGUUGUCUAGAUAUGCUGUUUAUAGUUCAAGAGACCGUUGAUGUUGGAAUCAAAAGCGAAGAUCCUGAUAAUGAACACAUUAUAGGGUUCGAACCCUCAAUAAACCAACGUCUGUUGCCUCCCACUUUUCCUAGGUACACAAAAAUUAAAUCGAGGUCCGAGGCUGUAGCUUAUUUUAUCGAAAUGGUUGAAAGAUUCAAAGUUGUUAGUAAAAUACAAAUGAUCACAUCGUUACAUCAAGCUCUUGAUUUCUUCAUCGAUUUUAGCAAAUCUAGUCCUUGUAUUCUAUCGAGGUCUGCCUUACAGCUACUAUAUCCUGGUACAAUUCCAGCACACAUUAAAGAUUUGCUUAGGGAUGCUGUAAAAUCGUUCAUUUGUCCUCCAGCUUUGCUUUCAAAAUUUUUAUUAAACAAUGCACAGGCGAAACAUUACGUUGACACGUUUUUGUCUCAUUGUUCGAAGCCUUUUAUAAACUUCCUUCAGUUAUGCGGACACAACAGGGCUCGUCAGAGAGACAAGCUGGCUCAUCUACUAGAAGAUUUUACUGCUUUGCAGGAUGAAGCGGAAAGAGUAGACGCUUACUUGCAUAAUAUAUCCAUCAAUUCUCCUCUAGCGAGGCCUCAUAUUGCGUGUUUCGGAACAUGGAUUCUGUAUCAUACUUUAAGAAUCAUGAUAAUGUACCUUUUAACUGGGUUCGAAUUAGAAUUGUACAGUGUCCACGAAUUCUAUUACAUAUAUUGGUAUUUGUUCGAAUUCUUGUACGGUUGGUUGAUCUCCGCUCUCACCAGAGCCGACAGUUUCCUAAUAGAAAACGACAUAUUCAACGAGCUGCAGAACAAAAACAAAGGCAGCAAGAAGAAGCCGAAAAUAAAAAAGAAAAUCAGGCCGUACAACAGGGACAUCCCGUACUUCCAGGCGCUGCAGAACAUGUCCGGAGGCUAUUACAAGGCGCUGAUGGGUUUCCGUUUGGAAGGUAAAAUAAUGAUGCCCCAUCCGAGAUUCGACAGCGAGCAGGUGCGUUACGAGCAUCGCUUCGCGCCCUUCCAGAACCUCCUCACUCCGCCGCCUGUCGUUUACUCGGAAUUCAGGGAGAUGACCUCCUUCGAGAGGUUCCAGCAGCAGCCGGUCGAUAGUUGCGUGCUCUACAUAGCGGGCUGCAAGCACUUCCACCAGGCCAGGCAGUUGCUCGAAGGCCUUACGCAGGACGCCGAGAUAGCGGAUUUAGUGACUAUAUGUAAAACGAAUUUUAUCGUGUUGAAAUUGCUGGCGGGCGGCCAUAGGAAGGAUUGUACCAAACCGCCCGAAUUCGAUUUCUCUAGGAACAAAUAUUUUCCCAUUAUGAAAAUAAAUUAAAUCUUGCCGAAUGUUGUAAUGAUCUUAUUGGAGUAUCGACGCGGAUUUGGAACGGUGUAUUGACGAUUUGAAUGUAUAAUAUCGCUUUAAGUAAUUAAUUACCAAAGGCAAGAAUAAAUGUAACUUAAGUAAAACUCGAUUGUGUUAGUUAAAUGGUUAAAUCUUCUGUAAUGAACUUUCUCCUUGUGUUUACUGUAAUUUUUAAAAUUCAAUAGAGUUUUUAGGUUUUGUUAAUUUAAAAUCAGUUUUUAUCGUUUUACUCUAAUCGAAAAUAAUAAGUUAUUGCUUGUAUUUACAAGCCUCAUAAUCAACUUUUUAUUAUUAUUAUCAUUGUUAUAUUGUUUUAUAAUAAUAUAGAGCUAGAUAGCAAAGAUAAUAUUAAAUGGCUGGCUAAAUAUGGGUGUAAAAAUUGCGAAUAAGAAUGAUCAUGACAUUCUACCAAUCAAAUUUCUUAAAACAAUUAAAUGGGUCUUAAAAUAUAAAAUAGACCACGUUGUGAAUUCGAUUGAUGUAGAAAAUUUUUAAGUAGUAAUUUAGGUAAGUCUACCUAUGUUUCGAUUAUCAAAUAUUCUUCAUCAAUAAUUUUACGACUAAAGAAAUUCCGUAAUUGGACAAUCUAGUCAAUAUAUUUCGUAUAGUGGACUGCUAUAAUGAUUUUUAGGAAAAGGAUGAUUGAAUUGUACUAUUCUUUAUUUGUAUGUUUUAUAAUCCUUUUUGUUAAUAAAUAUGUUUUC